UAGCCCCUUCCGCAUUAGGCCCUGCCCACCGGACGCGCCCCUCACACACAGCCUGGCUCACGGGGGCACCGAUAUUCCACUGCAGUCGCGCCGCCUGGUCCCCUCCUCCGCAUCACCCGGCCUCCUGGUUUUCCGCCGCCGGUGCAGCGACCCAAAAACUGAGAAGUUUCACUUUUUGACUACACCGGCCUCCAGGGAUGGGGAGUUUGAGAAUCUCAGUGUUGGACCCAAACUGUCCCAUUGGGGGCCGGUGUCCCGCGGACAAUACCCCGGUGGUGCUUCCUACCCUGAGUAGCUCCACUGACUUCAUUUCCAGCCUCCUGGUGUGACUUGAUAAGGAGAAAUCAGUGGGACUGAACCUGACUGCUUAUGUCGGCAAUGUCCAAAGGACUAAGGGAACAGUAUACUAAAGUGUGGUGCUGUCUUGAAGAAAAACAUUGGAUCCCAUUCACCAAUAUCCCACAUCUUACUGUUAAAAGAAUUUGAGGUUACAUUUGAGAGCACUAAAAUCUCACAAGCUGUUCUUGGGAGAUAUCUGUCACCUUCGCCUGCACCUGAACCAGAUUUGGAAAAUAGGCUCCUUCCAGUUUUGAGAUUGCAGGCCAUGGGAGAACUCACGUUAGGAGGGGUGGCAUGAUCAGACCAGGGACUUUGUCAUCUUGUAUUUUGUAGUGAUCAAAAAUUAAUGCAACACUCCCACCCUACCAGGAGCACAAAGCCUCUUCUUCCACUUCCUCUUCUUUUACUCUUUUUGCUUCAUCUUAUGGAGAAAGAAGGGCUUUCUGACAGAAGUCACCCAAUAGAAGAUAAAAGAAAUAGCGUCUUUAAGACACAAUAAAGAUAAUUACAGUAAGAAUGGGUCUGCUGAGUUCCAAACAAUCCAAAGUCAAACAAGCUCAGAUAUUAAUGCUGGGACUUGAUUCAGCUGGGAAAUCUACACUAUUGUACAAGUUAAAGUUUAAUGAUGUUUUCCUAACACUCCCAACAAUUGGUUUUAAUGUGGAGAUGAUUGACACACAGCAAAAUAUUGCUAUAACAGUUUGGGAUGUUGGAGGUCAACAGAAAAUGAGGACAUUUUGGUGCAAUUACUUUGAAAAUGUAGAUGCCCUGGUAUACGUUGUGGACAGCACGGAUAAGCAACGCUUGGAAGUUUCAAAGAAGGAAUUUGAAUGCAUCUUAAAGAAUGAAUUUGUAAAGAACGUGCCUGUUGUUUUGCUAGCUAACAAGCAGGAUAUUCCUGGUGCUUUGAACGCUGAGGAAAUAACCAGGAAAUUCAACAUGCAGAAACAUUGCAGUGACAGAAACUGGUAUGUACAGCCUUGUUGUGCCAUCACUGGGGAAGGUCUCGCAGAAGCAUUCCGGAAAAUAACAACAUUUGCAAACAACUGCAAGACAUCCAAAGAAGAAGGUUUUACAAUUUUCAAGCAAGAUGAAAAGUUGUAAGACUUUUCAUUAUCCCAACCUUGGAAAAGCUAAGAUGGAGAAUUGUUUAGGGGAAUUAAAGCUACAUAUUGAAGAUUUGAUGCUGCAGGACUUUCUAAAGACUAAUAUAUAGCAAAAUGUAGUUACAGCAGACUAAAUUGCUAUGCUGUUACAUUAUCCUAUUCUUUCAGAACUACUGUUUCACAGCAUUUUAAUUAAAUGACAUAUUUGUUGCAUAAGUCCAGGUAAUUGGAAGUGUUAAAAUGCAUAAUGUAAAAAGGUACAUUUAUACAUUUUAAAUGUUCUACAGUUAGUUUAUUUAUACUGAGAUAAAUGGGUCAUUGAGCAAGCAAAGGGAAAAUAAAAAAUAUUUCAUAUUACAUAGCAUACUGUAUAUGUAAGUGCUUUGUGAAUGUUUAGUAUACUAGCAUAUAUAAAUUAAGUUUAAUUAAAUUACACAAUAAAAUAAUGUU